AUGAUACUCAACAAUACAGUUUCUCCACCAAGUUCAUCAGAAUACAUUGAAUCUCUUACAACUAAUAAUUCUAGUAUAGAUGGUUUAUCUGAGGUGCCAUUAGUUAUUCCGUCACUUAACGAUGGUGAGAAGGAACUUAUCAGCUAUUAUAUUGUUGGCGUAUCAAUGAUAAGUGUCUGUUGCAUUGGUCUUGUUGGAAAUUUUUUAUCCUUAAUUGUACUGACAAGGCGCGCCAUCGGAGCCUCAACCACUAAUACAUACCUGAUUUCUUUGGCAAUAGCCGAUAUGUUUGUGCUUAUUGCAACAAUUCUAACCGCUAUCAAAGAUUCUCGAAAGCCUGUUGCUGGUAGAAUGUCUUGGUUAGUAUGGCAGGAUGCACCUAUUGUUCCGCGAGCGUACCCAUUUUGUCACGCUACAGCAAUAUUGUUUCAAGUUACAUCAGUAUGGUUAACUGUUGCAUUUGCUGCUGAUCGUUACCUGAUGAUCUGUCAUCCAUUCUGGGCUAAACGAUGGUGUACAAUGAAACUGGCCAAAAUUAUCAUUGUUUUAAUUUAUGUAUUUAGUGUGAUUUAUGGAAUUCCACGUUAUUUUGAAUAUAAAGUAUUUGAAAUGAAUAUACCAUUGAAUCCUAAUUUAUUACAACUUCAAUAUGGUGAUCUUACAAAUAAUGGUUUAUUUGUACAGAAUUCAUCAACUUCUUCGUCUGUAACUUUUAAUAAUGAUUUAAUUGAAAAUGAAAUUACCAGUGAUUCUAUGACAAGUAUCUCCAUUGUUUGGUAUCAAUUAACAUCAUUCGGUGAAUCAGCUCAAUUUCGUAAAGCUUAUCAUUUAUGGUCAUGGGUUUUAUUAGUUGUUGGCAUACCAUUCAUUCUGAUUGCUAUUAUGAAUACAUUUCUAAUUUUAGAAGUACGUAAAUCAAGUAGAAAAUGCGUUGAUCAAACUAAACGAUCUGAAUAUCGACGACAGGAUACAAAUAUUAUGCUUAUCGGAGUAAUAAUUAUAUUUUUUAUAUGUCAGCUUCCGGCUGCUGUGAGUCAUAUAGCUUGGGGCCUUAUCACAAUGGAAGCCAGUAAAAAAAUGUCAUGGUUUCUUUUAAAUGAAAUUGGAAACUUAUUGAUUAUUGUCAAUUCAGCCAUAAAUCUUCUACCAUACUACAUGUUUAGUCGAAGAUUUCGUCGACAUUUUGUUCGAACAUUUUGGCCUUAUCGAUGUGUUCGAGAUAAUGGAUUACAUUGUAUCUAUAUUCCAGAAUGGGCUACAAGAUCAUUGAACAAUAAUGAUGAUGGUGAAGAUUCAGAAUUAGCUGGUACAGUAACACAAUACGGUUAUAAUCAUAGAACAAAUUUAAGAAAUUCAAAUUAUCGUUUAAGUAUUUAUCGUAAUAAUAGUUCUAGUUCACGUUCAAGGCCUAGUCUUCCGUCAAAUAUUAGAGCAAGCAGUGAUUCACAAAAAUUAUUUUCUCACAUUUUUAGACCUAUCUUUCAUAUAAGACAAAAACGAACUAAAGCUUCAAGUUUAUCAUGUGAAUUAAAACCAAUACAUGUAGAAAAAGGAUUGUUAUCUAAAAGAGUAUUGCUUGAUGAUUGUAAAACAAUUGAUGAUCCUAAAUUAAACAAUCAUUUGUUGGAAGAUAUUAACUGUUCCAAUACUAUUACUACUACUACUACUACUACUACUACUACUACUACUACUACUAAUACUAAUACUAAUAAUAAUAAUAAUAAUAAUAACAAUAAAAAUUUAAAAUCAUCUAGUUCAUACACACUACCUUAUCGUGGAUCAAAUUCAUCGCAUUCUUCUGUUAGUUUUCUUGUACUUUCAGAUAAAAAUAUAACUGGUAAAAAUUUGAAAUCCAUACGAAAGAAAAAAUCGAUCAGUGAUUUCAGAUUUGAUGAUACUAAACGAUAUGAUCGUAAAUUUGAUAAAAAUUAUGAGAAAAAAGUUAAGAAUCAUACAACUCUCACUAACAGUAAUAAAACUAACAACAAUAACAACCCCAAUGCAGAUAAACACAACAGUAUUCCAAUCAAAACAAAUCAACUUCAUAAUAGUAACAAUAAUAAUAAUAAUAAUCUUAAAAAAUCACCUUUAAUCUAUCUUCAAAGUUUAGAAGAAAUGUCCAGUAAUCCUGAUGAAUUGAGUUCUGUAUAGUUGACUGUUUAGUUCUUUUUCCAGUUUAUUUCAAAAUUUUUACAACAACAUCAACAACCUUUAAACUGAUAAAUAGAUACGAUUAUUUGUACAGUAAAAAAAGAAUAUGAUUGAAAUUACUUUUAUUGUAAUGUUUU